UGCUCUUCUGGUCACUUUUGUGUAGCUUAUUGACAUGACUGUUUAAAUGGAAGCGACGCUCUUAACAUUACCAAAUGUGUAAAUAAUUAGUAAGGUAAAAGAAAAAAUGCUAAAGAGAAAAAUAGUGAAAGAUUUGAUUUUGAGAGGGAAGAAAAUUAAAGCAUAGACUGUAAAGUUGAAGGUAGUAUUUUCUGUUUUGUUUGUAGAGUUACCAAUGAAGAUGCUAUUGAAGAUGUCUUUUUAGAUGUAUACAGUAGUAUUUUCAAUAACGCAUAUUUUUGUUGUUUCUUUUGACUGAGCUUUGUUUUCAUUCUGAAUCAUACUGAUCAUACUGAGAGUGAGAGAAAGGGGAAAAGUCAGAAUUGGAAAUGCAGUUUAGAUCAUGUGCUUAUAUGAUUGAAUACCUAGUGUCUUAAUUUUCAUGUACAGACUUUCCAGCAGUUCACAGUUAUAAAUGUUCUGAUACCAGUUACUUCCUGUGCUCAUUUUUUUAAAAAGCCACUAGUGAUUAACAGUAUCAGCACAUUAUUUACAGCAACAUGAAACUGAAUGGUAUAAUUAUUUAUCACUAACUGUUAUAAUAUGCAAGUUCAGCACUACCAUUUUCAGUCAGGUUCUUUAACUUAUUUGGUUCACACAAUGCAUGUGAUAGCAAAAACGAAAAAUGUAGUGCACAGUGUCAUCAAUGAAUAGAAUUUGAUUAGGAGAAAUCGAUGUGGUGGUUUUCAUUUUCUUGUAGAAGAUUGUAAAUUUUGUCCGUGUGUGUGUGUGCUUAGAAUUAAUUGUUUCUAGUUACCUAAACUUACAUGAGAGUGCUGCACGGGAGACAACUAUUACGAUUUUUUUUUUUUUUUUAAUUUACGAAUGUAAAUUAGUACAUCGACAUAUUGUUUCAAAUGUAUUCACUCACUAAAGGCCAUGAAUAAACUUGAAUAAACGGCAUCUUCUGUGUGUGUGUGUGUGUGGUGAAAGAGAGAGGGUCAUGUACAUAAAUAUAUUCGCGAUAAAACUUUAAGUGAAGAUGUCCGUUUGAAUAUUGGGAAAAUGUGUACGAAUAAUAUUGAUGUCUGAUGUCUACUAUUCUCUUUUAGAAAGAGUACUGAUUGGAUUGCUCAAUCACCAUGUUGCGAAAACGCAGGUACACACCCAGUCCAUUGAGAGAGAGAAACAAAAAACAAAAAAAAACCUUUAACUAAGCCGGCAAACCAGAAGUGGUUCGACCUAUUAGAAAACCAGCCUGACACUAGUCUUGAAGUAGCGCCAUGAAACAUUUUGAUUCGCCUAGCUGUCGAGACAGACUGCUCCCUGGCGUCCUUCAGCUGACACAGUAUACUCGACUGACGGUCUACUGACUAUGGCGGCUAAUAACCAGACCCAGCUCAAGCUCUACACUGUGGAUGCCUUUAGCAGCAUUCCUUUCUCUGGCAAUCCUGCUGCUGUGUGUCUUUUGCCCUUGGAUCGGGUAAUCUCUGAUAAAACACUGCAGGACAUCGCUGCAGAAAUGAACUUAUCAGAGACGGCCUACAUCCGCCUGUUGUCAGACAGUGAAAGCUUCCAGACUAGCAGUCGGUUCGGUUUACGUUGGUUUACCCCGGUGGCAGAAAUCAAACUUUGUGGGCACGCCACCCUUGCUUCCGCACACGUCCUUUUCAAUAUUCUGGGCAACACUAGUUCCAGCAUUGCCUUCGAGACGUUGAGCGGUGACCUGAUUGUCAAGCGCAAAGGUAACAGCAUCUCUAUGGACUUCCCUGUGGGCAAAAUCGAGAAGAAGAGCGAAGAAAACUAUGCUCCUCUUAUCAAGGCACUGGGGAAUACUCCAGAAAUUGUUGACGUUCAGUACUGCUGCGAUUUGAGGUAUUUACUCAUUCGCUUCAAAGAAGGUUGGACAAGGAAGGAAUUCGAGCAGUGGAAACUAGACAUGAUUAUGCUGGAGAGGUCGAUAAAAGAGCUGGUUGUACUGAUUGUAACUAUAAGAGGCAAAGAAGAAGAUGGCUUCGUCGACGAAAAGGGCAACCCAUACGAUUUUGUGUCUCGUUGCUUCGCACCGUGGACUGGUGUACCCGAAGACCCUGUCACAGGGUCUGCGCAGACCAUCCUAGCUAACUACUGGAGUCUAAUACUUGGGAAAAAGCAGUUUAAAACUCGCCAGUGUUCCAAGCGGGGCGGCGAUAUUCAUCUGGAGCUUGACGGCUCCAGAGUUCAUAUAGUCGGCCAGGCGACAUGUGUCAUGGAGGCCACGCUGCUUCUCUGAGUAUGGACAAAAAAUCUGUGGUCUGACCACUGCUGACGGUCGACUCGUACUUCUCAUUUAUGCAUGGAAAUGCUGUAAUCUACCAGCGUCAGAGGCAGAAUUAGUUACUUUCUUCGGUAGCAACUUUAAUGCAGUUUUGUGCUUACAGGACUCGUUCAAUCUAUCAAGUGACAUUUUCACAAACACGCUUAGACCCUAACAAAGUAACGAUUAAAUUUUUAGGCUAAAUUUCGCCAGGCCGGCAUAUCUUGGGUUGUCAGCAGAGCAAAGGGUUGCCACCAUGAAGUGUGUUGGGAAAAUGGAGCAGGGACACAUCGCACGUGAUGCUGAUGUUGUGUUGCUGUGUUAACUAUUUUAUUUUGGGUAAUUUUAGAAUGUGUGGUGUGGUGUUAUACGAUAAAAUAAAAAUGUUCACACUACUUCGAAAAUAUUAUAUGCCUCGUAUCACAUUUUAAUUCUGGAGCUCCGAACGCGCAUGCUCUUUAAUACAUUUAACAUGCGUCACAGCGGUCACACGUGUGCCUAACAUGGUGAAGGUGAUUAUAUUUUUAUGCAAGAAGAUGCUUAAACCAGGUUUUAUAUAAGCCAGAACAAUACCUCUUAAGCCAGAUGAUAAAUGCCAGAAAGUUGUUUUAUUUAGUAUGAACCUGUCCACUGUGAAUGUAGUAAUUGCAUAUGGGUGUGUGCGAUGUGAUGCUUAGUUUAUUAUGAGAACUCGAUCGAUCCAACAAAAGAAAUGUUCUAUCUCUGUUGUAAACAGAAGCAGACAAUUAGGAUGUACUGUAGAUUAAAAGAUCAGCAUAAAUUUAAAUUGCAGCUGAAUAUUUUAUUUAGUGUAUAAAGCCUGAACCUGUCAAAACAAAAUGCCUUAAAUUUAUUUUAAUCAGAGAAUUUAUUUUUGUGACCAAAUAAAUUCAACUUUUCUAUUUCA